AUGGCAGAAGGAACACAAGGGCGCGGUCUUUUCCGCCGCAUAGUCGAGGCAGUACUAUAUCGAGACCAAAAUGAAUACCCUCCAUUCGCAGCGCAUGCAGCAGCAACAGCAACUCAGCGCAACGAGCCCGUGAAUAACGACCUGUCAGACGCAGAAAAAGGAAAGAUUCGAAACCUUGCGACGAGCAAUCCCGACGCCAUGAUCCCGUCCAACGACAAACUUCUUAUCUUCCGCGCCUUGACGGGUAUUGACAGCGUGCCAGCCAUUACAGAGGGCGGUCAUCUUCUGCGUAGCGCGCCCAACAUCGGCAUUUACACUCGCGUCGUGCAAAACGAGGGCAAGGCAGCGCGCUCAUUUCGUCUCUUCAACUAUCUCAUCAACAUAUGUCUCGGAACCCAGAUCGUGGUCGCUGCCGCGCUGACAGCUAUCGGUGCCGCAAGUGGUCCCCAUUCUGCCAUCGUUGUGUUUGGCGCUCUCAAUACUAUCAUCGCCGGUCUUUUGACGUACUUUCGUGGUUCGGGUUUGCCAGACCGACUCAAAAGUUAUAAGAAUAAGUGGAAGAACAUCCGCGAAUAUAUCGAGCAGCGUGAGCGCGAAUUUUGCUUAGUUAGCUGCGACCUUGACGUGCAAGAAGAAGUCUUCAUCGUGGAAAGCAUGUACCAGAGUGUGAAAUCUGAGAUGGAGACGACAAAGAGUAGUGGAGAGGGUCAUCCUCAACAACCGGAUGAUCCCAGAAUUCGUCGCUCGCUCCUUCCGACGAAUAAUUCUUUGAGUGGUCAAAGAGAUCAUACGACGCCGGCUAAACGCUCAGAUGCUCUCAGUCGGCAACAGUUGCACGAUGAAAAAAUUGGAAGUGCUGUUCCUGAGCCUGUGUGA